CUCUCUCGUUCUUCACCCUCCUCUUCCUCUGUUAAAGGGACAGUUUCUGGGUUUUCGUCUCUCUCAGGAUGUCUGGAGGUGAAUCAGCAGGAAGCAAACUGCUGUCGGUGGACUUCGAGAUCUACGGUCAUGUUCAGGGAGUCUGUUUCAGAAUGUACACAGAGAAGGAGGGUCUGCAGCUCGGUCUGGUCGGCUGGGUGAAGAACACCCACAGUGGGACGGUGGUCGGACAGGUUCAGGGUCCGGCUGACAAGGUGGCGGAGAUGAAGGUGUGGCUGAGUAAAGAAGGAAGUCCGAGCAGUCGUAUCACCAGAGCCUCCUUCACCAACGAGAGAUCCAUCGACAAGCUGGAGCUCUCUGGCUUCAGGACUCGCUUCUGACCAACGAAUCAAACGCACCC